CUACCUCUCGCAGUGCCCGCCACCAUUCUCCCCACGACGUGCUGUCCUGCGCCCGCAGCCAUGUGCCGGACCCUGUCCGCCUUCCCCACCACCUGCCUGGAGAGAGCCAAAGAGUUCAAGACACGUCUGGGCAUCUUUCUUCACAAAUCAGAGUUGGGCUCCGAUACUGGGAGUGCUGGCAAGCUUGAGUGGGGCAGUAAACACAGCAAAGACAGCAAAAACUUCUCAGAAGAUGUACUGGCGUGGAGGGAGUCAUUCGACUUGCUGCUGAACAGUAAAAAUGGAGUGGCUGCCUUCCAUGCUUUCCUCAAGACGGAGUUCAGCGAGGAGAACCUGGAGUUCUGGCUGGCCUGUGAGGAGUUCAAGAAGAUCCGCUCGGCUACCAAGCUGGCCUCCAGGGCUCACAGGAUCUUUGAGGAAUUCAUUCACAGUGAAGCCCCUAAAGAGGUGAACAUAGACCACGAGACCAGGGAGCUCACGAGAACAAACCUACAGGCCACCACUGCCACGUGCUUUGACGUGGCUCAGGGGAAGACGCGCACCCUGAUGGAGAAGGACUCUUACCCACGCUUUCUGAAGUCCCCCGCUUACCAGGACCUGGUUGCCCAAGCCACGGCCGCCUCAGCCUCCGCGUCCAGCUGCAGCCUGGCUGAGCCCUUAUGCACCUGAGCCUCCUCAGCAGUGAGGGAGCCAGCCGGGAGGAGAGGUGGAGUCUCCCGUCCCCAAGGCUGCAGACCCCGGGUGGGAGGCAGGUUCUGCAAAGCAAGUGCCAGAGGACA